AACAAAACAAAACAACCCUAAUGACAGCCCCCAGCUCGCGAGCUACCUGUCAGCCGUAGAGUUUAUAACGAACAUGAGUUCAUAGUAUAUCUGAUUUAAGUCAGAAGGUGUCAUGACCAUAGAGAGAUGGCCGAGGCCGUGAGACCAAAGAAGUCCAAGUCCAGGACCAGCGGAAAGGACAAAAAGCAGCGUCAGGCCGAGAGAGUGAAGGCAGCAGAUACACUGCCCCCUGCUGACCUGUGUGAACCAGCAGCUCCUGAGCUCACCGCUGAUUUCACUGAGAUUCCUCUUAGCUUGCCCCCUGAGGCCCCGCCCCCAGACCCCUCUGAAGCCCCGCCCCCAGACCCAUCUGAAGCUCCGCCCCCAGUCCAGGGGACAGGCCCUCAGACUGGGCAGACCCCUCAGCAGCAGGGAGAGAAGGAGCUAAAGGACCAAGAUGACAGACUCACACAUGGAGAGACUGAAACUCCAGCGGGGGAUGCUGAACAGAAGUCUGUGCCCCAAAACUCAGUUCUCACAGAAGACCAACCCUCAACUCAGCCGACCCACAACAAUCAAAAGCUCUCGAAUUGUGAACUCCAACCCAUUCCUGUCGCUCCUCUUUACCCCUCUCUCCCUGUGCCAUCACCCAAGCCCCAGCUGAUUGUGGACUCCAUCACCUCCCCACUGAUGGAGAGUUCUCUCAGACCUGCUGAAGCAGCGACGCGCACUGAACUGAUUGCUCCGGCCGUUCUCCCGGUGCUUGAUCAGGAAUCCUCCCCUCCCAGUCUGGUGCCAGUGUCUCUGAGUGAAACAUGUAGGCCUCCAGCUCAGAGGCUGUACCCAGAGCUGCCCGAACAGGCCCCGCUGGUGCAGCCCUUCACCGCCGAGCAGCUGAGGCUUUGGGAACCAGGCUCAUGGAUGGAGAACGUGGAACUCUUGGCGUCGGAGUUCCAGAGUCUGGCACGUCAGGAGGGUCACGAGCUGCACGACCUGCUCCUUAAUUACUGGCGCUGCCGUAAACAGCUCACACAGGCUCAGACAGAGCUCCAGGCUGCCAACUCUGACUGUAAGAGCACCCAGAACCGCCUGUGGAGCUUCCGAGACGAGCAGCUCACCCUACAGGGUGUGUGUGCUGACCAGGCCAAGGUGUGCGGCUACCACCGCUUCCAGCAGGUGGUGCUAAACGAGGGGGUGUUGGCAGAACUGCGCCACCUGUUUGAGGUGAAGGCAGAGUUGCUACACCAGACAGUGGCGCUCCACUCCUAUACCUCCAUCCUGUCCCGGCUCCAGGUGGAGUCCUACCUGCAUCGCCUCCUCAGCUCCAACCCUCUCACUAGAAACAUCACUGUUCAGGAGGCAGGUCCUAAUGUGAAAUCUCAGCCCUCAUCUUUGCAGCCGCUGAAGGAGAGUAUCAGCGUUCUCUUCAGCUUCACACGCAGAGUUCUAGACGAUUCUCAGUUUCACACAGACAUCCACCUAUGGCUACAGAGACUGGUGUGUGUCCUGCUGCAGGUGGGUUCAGUAGGGGACCACCUGUUCAUCCUCAACCAAUUACUCUGCUGCUCAGCAGGAGUGGGCAAAUGGGCCACGCCUUUUCUGCAGAUAAAAGUGUUGGAUAACCCCUCUGGAGUCUAUCACUUCAUGCAAGCUUUGGCCAUCCUGAUGUCUCCUGUCAGGGAUCGGGCAGAGUUUCUGUGCUAUAUGAAACCUAGUGAUAUGAAAGCAGAUUCCAACCAAUCAGGACAGACGUCAGGGAACUGGACCCUAGUGGACGAGGGCGGAGAGGAGGAUGAGGAUCCAGAGAUGAGCUGGUUGCUGUUGGCAGAGGAGGACCUGAUUUCUCUUCUCUCCCAGUUUCCCUUUGAGCAGCUCUUCAAACACAUACUGGGCAUGACAUCAACAGGGCAGUACCUUCCCCAGGCCACUACCAGUCAGAAAAUGAUGAAGAUUUUUGCCUUUGCAUCCUCUCUGGUGGAGCUGCUUGCCGUUGGCCUGCAGACGUAUAACAGAGCUCGAUACAGACAGUUUGUGAAGAGGAUUGGUCACAUGAUGAGGAUUACUCUGUGUUAUGUGAGUGACCACUGGGCCCAGUACGUUAGUCUGACUGGUGUGACUCGGACCACUCUGCAAGAACAGUCCUUCUCUAUGGACAAGCUCCAGGUGGAGUUUGAUUAUCUCUUUCUCAGAGCUGUGCUGCAUGUCCUAAAGGCCAAGAGGUUGGGGAUCUGGUUGUUUAUGUCGGAGAUGCCGUAUGGAACCCUGUCCGGUGCAAUGCUGUGGAGGAUCUUUUAUCUAAUGCAGUGUGCAGAGACAGAGAGUGUGGACACGCCCAGCCUCAGUGUGGAGGGCUGUAUCCAGGCUCUCAGAGAGCCGAGUCACCAGGAGAAGUUUGAGCACUGGUUGGCAGAGAUGAACAGCUCAGAUGGCAUUUGUUUGUUGACGGCUUUUGCCCACAUGGCUCAGCCCAGACGCCCUGAUGCUGACCCCGAAUUCGUCACCACUGUAGUCCUGCACAUAUACCAGGUGGCGUAUGUCAGCGUCACCACACGGGAGACUUUCUCUAAAGUUGGACGGGAACUCCUGGCUGCCAUAGCAACAGCCCACCCUCACAUCAUCUCUGUGUUGCUGGAGAGACUAAGAGAGACCAUCGAUAAAGUGGGAAUGGUGUCUCUUUACCUGUUUAAGGAGCUGCCCCUUCACCUGUGGAGGCCUGUACCAGCUGAGAUGGGGGUGAUUCGGGGGUGGCUGCUGGACCACGGGCUUGCCGCUGUGGAGAAUAAACUCGCUUGCAUUAUCCUAGAGGGCCUGAACUGGGGCUUUGAGCCAAGCGGGUGUCUGGCCCUGCCUGCUGCAGUACACAGUGAGGUGGCUUUACUGGUGGUGGAGGCAUAUCAGAAAUACCUCACAGACAAACCCUACAGUGGACUCAUCUCUGAGGGCAUCAAGCAGGUGUCCUACCUGGCCAAUGUGGUGCGUCUGGGCCACACCCCCGAAGCCUCCUUUAACCAGUGGGCCUGGGACUUGGCGUUGCGUCUGAAGCUCCAUGCUAACGAGCGGAACCCCCAAAACGCAUGGUCACCCCUACCCUCCGCCAGCGACCCCACACCAGAGGUCACAGACUCUCCCACAAUGCAUCCUGUUCUCAAGGCCGUCAAAGCAGGCAUCCCUAUUGGCUGCUUCCUGGCCAUCUCCAUGACAACCAUUGGACACAGUCUGGAGAAGUUCUGCAGUGAGGGAAUCUCUCUGCUGAAGACUCUGGUCCAGUCGCGUCAUCUCAAAGCUGUGGUUCACGUCUUUCACAACCUGCUGCCUCCUGCCUAUUCCUGCCCGUUUUACCUGCUCAACAACGAACAGUUUGUGAGCUGUAUUCAGCUCUUUCUGCAGUUGGACAGUGGGACCCCACUGGGCAUGACCCAGCAGGUCACACACAAGGUCACACAGCACCUGAUAGGCUCCGCCCAUGGAGAGAACAUUAAAUUGCUCAACAGUGUGAUACAGACACACAUUUUGGAGAGCUCACAGGCAGGCCGUGUGGGCUCCGUCGCUGUUCUGGAGUUCUGGGUUCAGGUUCUAACUCAGCAGAACAUGUGGUACCGUGACAGAACCGUCUUAUACCUCCUUGACCACCUGUGUCGUGCUGCCUUCCUGCACCAACAGGAGGAGUGUCUCCAGAAACUUCUGUACCAACAACACAAGAAUGCCUUAGGUUACCAUGGUGACAAAGGCCUGCUCUCUUCAUUAAUGGGAUGGAUUGUGGCAGGAAAUGUUACUCCUUCGUUCAUCGAGGGAAACGCCCUGACUGGCGAGGUGUGGUUUGCUUGGCUGGUGCUGAAUAUGGAGUCCAUGUUUGAGGAAGACUCGCAGCUCCGGAGAUGUGUGGAACAUGAGCUUCUUUCCAAUCCCACCUUGUCCCCAGACCAGGCUCUGAAGAAGGCGCAGGUGCGUCUGAAGUUGCAUGUGGUGCCCUCCCUCCAGAGGAUGAUGGUGUAUCGCUGGGCACAGCAGGCCAUGGCCACGCCCGCUGACCACCCCCUCCUCCCGUUGGUCUGGCAGAAAUUCCUACAGCUCUACCUGCGGCAGCCAGGACCUGAGUUUGGGCUGGAGGCGCGGGGGUGCAUUGGGAGAAGGUAUUUCCACACCGCUGCCCACGCUACUCUACUCAAGGAUCUAAAACAGCGACUGGUGGAGGUCUCGGAUUUCCACCACGCCGCCAGCAAGGCCCUCAAAGUGCCCCCCUUGUCUCCCGGCGACACGCCCAGCAAUGGGGGGGCCACGCCUGCCACCCCACUGUCCCAGUAUAUGACCUCCCCUGAGCUCCACAUCGAACUGGUCCGGCUCCUCAGUGUCUUCGCUUUGUGGUUGGACGAUGAGAAUUUGCAGAAACAGGAUGUCUACCUGCCUUCACUGCCGAAGCAGUACGACGCCCAUCGACUGGCCAAGAUCAUGCAACGCCAGCAUGAGGUGUGGAUGGAGUAUGUGGACAUUGAGCGUAUCCAGUAUGAACUGAAUGAGAUACUGAGUCUAUGGGGAAAGAUUAAGACUGAGCCCUCAUCCUCUCACACCACCACCAACUCCAUCUUCACUGACUUCAUCAACCCUCAAGCAGCCCGGGAGCGAAUCCUGACCAACCUACGGAACCACCCUACCCCACAGGGACCCCUGUCUGUGGUUCCGAUGAGAGCCCCCGUCCCAGACAUUCCCACAACCUGUCUGUCUGACGAGACGUCCUCCUCAGCACUGCUACAGGACGACCUGACCAAACUCCAACACCAGGCCAAACUGGCAGCGCUGCGGGAGACCCAGCAGGUGGCGCUAGACAGUGAACUGCUGGAGACUUUGCCCCAGCUGUACUGUAACAGAGAGGAGCAGAUCUCCAUGCAGCUGGAGUGUCGAGGGAAGGGAGGCCAACCCUGCCAGGGCCCAGCCAAUAUCACUGUCCAGUAUGCUGGAAUGCACAAACUGGAACCAGUGCAGAACCAGAUCCAGGCCCUGAAGCGUGACGUGAAACAGCUCCAGGCUGACGCGGUGAAACCUCCUCCUCAGAGUCUGGCUGAAGCUGCUGUGCACACCGAGAACUUCAUCACUGCCCUGGUGAAUGCCUAUAAGCUGCGCCCGUCUGCGGCCAUGCAGAAAGUUGGCAUCGCUGCCUUUUAUCAGGUCGUGUCGUUUGUCAGCGAGGACACACAGCGGCAUCCACCCACACGCCAGUUCUUCUCCUCCUGUGUGGAGAUUCUAGGACAGGUGUUUAUUAGGGAUACUCAGACAGAGUGUAAGCGAAUGCUGAAGACCAUCUUACUGAACCGGCGGCUGUGUAGCCUCCUGUCACCUUAUUUCACCCCCAACGCCUCCCCGAAUGAGCUGGUGUCCCUGUAUGAGGAGGUGGUCACUGCCCUCCAUGCAGACGGAGGGGACGUCAUCUUCAUGCUUCUCACUAAGUUUGACCUGUCUCAGUGGCUGUCGGUGUCACAGCCUGUGUUUGGGGAGAGGAGCAGGCUGAUGGAGCUCAUUCAUUUGGCUCUGAGUGCCUGUGGACUGGAGCCUGAGCCAGAGGUCCUCAUGCCCUUUAACCUGUUCUGUAAACACUGGACUCAGCUGCUGCUCUACCGCUUCCCCGACCACUACAGUGACUUCCUCAGGCUUCUCAUGCAAAGUUCCUCGGAGCAGUUGAUCAGUCCUGAGUGUUGGAGGGCGUCGCUCUCUGCGCUGCGCUGUUCCCCACCUCCCAAAAACAAACAGGCCAAAACCUCCAGCUCCACACUCCUGUCCACGCAACAGGUCAAUGAAACGAUAGAAUGGCUGUCGGGAUACUUCCUAAAGCUGCGUCUGUCUAAAAGUGAUUUCCGGAGCUUUGGCCUCCUUUCCAAAUGGGCUCCGUACAUGGAGGAGGUGCGGCAGUUUUGGGAAUUUCUCAUCAGCUACGUCAUAAACCAGGAGCUGACCGACUGCAGCAAGGAGCCAGUGGGGAGUCCGAGACUGCUCCACGCUGUUCAGGACCUGCACUCAAAAAUGACCAGACUGUUCAAGCCCUGGAUCCUGGUUUUAGACACAGACGAUGCCAGUAACUCUCGCUGUUCUCCGUGGCUGGAGUCAGACUCAGCGGUGGCAGCCAGCCUGGUCAACCUGUUCGCACGGCUAACAGCCACCUUACAUGACAAAUUUAAAGAUCGGCUGCUGUUGGGACAGAGAGGUGCGUUAUGGCUCCAUGUGGUGUUCUACUGUGAGAGCUGCACCUCCCCAAAAAUGCCAGAGUACUUGCUCUAUACAUAUCACAGCGAAUACAGCUCCCUACCCUGGAAAGAUCUGCAUCCGGACCAGACCCUCAUGAACCAGUUCUUCAGUGUGGAGAGGGGGGGACCAAAGAGCUGUUUUUUAUUCCUGGGGGGGUUGCUGUGUGAGGUGAACUGGGUGAGUGUGUUGAGUGAAGCCAUGACCCCUCAGACCAGUCCGUCAGCCCAGGCCAUGGUGGUUUAUCUGCUCUACCUAAUGGUCUUUCUGGCCAAAGAAGAGCGUCUGCUCAACAAACCAGAGUCUGCUCUCCUGGGUCUGCUGGGCCAGUCCACCUCUCUGCCCUGGCACCAUGUGGAUUCCUCCUCUUACCAAAACGUCACGGGGUACGUCAGCACACACUACCCCCCCGCCGUGAUCCUCAACCUGGACACCUCCUCUCAGCUGCUCCUGAAACUGCUCCGCACGGCCGCUGGCCUCAGUCCCGACACCGACGGACCCCAUCACAAAGACCUGAGUCAGAAGUGCCUGUGCUACCUGAGACUGAUGGUGCAGUUUCUCACUGCUCUGGACCAGAACAGCAGCAUUAGUCUGGCCUCUCUGGAGACACAGAUGGAGAAACUUCUGGAGUGUAUCACUCUCUUCAACCCACCAGAGACAGACUUGCAGCAGCGUCACAUGUCGACCUGUGGCCUGUUUGCGGAGCUGCUGACCCUGCUGAACAGAGCCAGUGUGUCCACGGCCGAGGGGCUGGGCUCCAAACUGCACAGCUGGGUGGAGAGGAGAGCGCGGGGCCCCCUGGUCCUGCCCCUGCUCACUGCCGCCUGCACCAGCCUGGCCUCAGUCCGCCACAUGGCACACACCGUGGAGGCCUGCAUCCAGUCCUAUUUCACUGAGGGUGGUUGCGUGGACCAGUACUCUGGGUGGGGGCCUAUACUGGUGUCUCUGCAGGUGCCGGAGCUGACGGUGGAGGAUUUUAUUCAGGAGAGUCUGUCCCUGGGCUGUUUCCUCACCCUCUAUGUGUAUGUCCUGCAGAGGCUCAACCUGGAACACACUCUAAUCAAUGAGAAACGCGUUCUGGUCCUCCUGCAGGGCUGGAUUAACCAGGUCUUUCCCAGUGGUCCUGCUGAUGAAGCCAAGCUCUUUCUCUGGUGGCAUAAGUCUCUCCAGAUCUUACUGGUCCAGGUCGACCAGGGUGACAUGUGUGGACUGGAGCCCCUCGUUCUCUCUCUGAUGUCGUUCCAGAGCCGACUGGGCCAGCUGGGAGAGGAGAGGAUAAACUCUGGCAUACUGGGAGCCAUCGGACUAGGACGGAAAUCCCCUCUCUCUAAUCGAUUCCGUGUCGUGGCACGCAGUAUGUCUGCGUUUCUACUGGUCCAGGUGCCCUCUGAAUGCCAGCUUCGACUUCAGCCUGGCACAGAGCUCCAGCUCUCCACCAAAGCCCAGCAGGCUUUGGUGGCACUGGAAGCUAUGGGGAGUCACAAACAGUACUCUGACCUGCAGGAGUCUAUUGGACAGGCCUGCCAGUUCAUCAAAUACCCCAGACACUGCUUACGCGACGCCCACCGUUUGCUAGCCCUGCUCAUCAACUCACUCUACGCAGACCUGCGCUAUCUGGACAUCAUCCGCUAACCUAGACAAGCUAGCCUGGGCUUUGUUAGCAACGGCCUGCUAGCCUGGCUUUUCUGGGUGACGUUAGUUAGCUUUAGUUCUCUGUCUGCAGGGCUUGGGCUGGUGGAACUUUCCGGGUCUUCAGUCCCAGGGACCCCGUGUUCCUCAUGCAGACCUGAGAAAGGAGGAACAGACUCUGUGCGUCUUGUUCUUUCGUUUGGAACCAAACAGACUGAACUGAAGCUGGAACCGAACUGAACACUAUUCUUUACCUUCAGAGACUGAGGAUUCAAAGUCGCGGCCGCGUUCACGCUUUAGCCAUUUUCGCCUGGUGACCAUAGAAACGUUUGCCUUCCGCUAGCCGACCUCCUCGGCCCAUCAUGCUUGUUUUUGCUUUGUUUUGUAAUUAUUUUUAAAUUUGACUGAAUCACAUUUAAGUGUAAU